CCUGCUUUCACUGUGCCAAGACUAAUCAAUAUUCCAGAAGCUCAGCUUUCCCCUCUCUUCUGAUGUGUUUUUAUUUUUUUCAGAGUUGGGCUAACAGUCUCCUCCCCUUUCCUUAAGUUACAGUGAUAGUAAAUUGCUGUAUUCCGGAGCACAUGCAGAUUGUCAGUUUUCUCUGUCUCCUGCUCGCUCAUCUCCGCAGCUCUGCUGUAUUUGCUGGGAAACCCCUACCUUAACUGCCACCACUGUGUUCUUAGAGUACUGAAGAUCUGAAAAGAUUUCUCCACUACCUGCCAUAGAAAAGAGUCUUCCACUUUUCUGAAGGGAUAUUGACAGAAGUUAAUUAUAAAAGAAAACAUUCUGCAAGACAGAUGACUAAAGGCAACGGCGAAGAACCAAAAACUGGAAGUAGGAUGGAGCGGAUUCAACAAGGAGUCCGGAAACGUACACUUCUGGCAAAAAAAAAAGUGCAGAGCAUAACAAAGGAUGAUGUUAAAAGUUAUUUAUUGAGGAAUGCCUUUGUGCUCUUCACUGUUGUUGCUGUGAUUCUUGGUGUAAUCCUUGGAUUUUCUCUCCGAUCAUAUAAAAUGAGCUAUCGGGAAGUCAAGUACUUUUCAUUUCCGGGAGAACUACUCAUGAGAAUGCUGCAAAUGCUGGUCCUGCCACUAAUUGUAUCCAGUUUAGUCACAGGAAUUGCUGCCCUGGAUAGUAAAGCAUCAGGAAAGAUGGGAGUCCGAGCAGUAGUCUACUACAUGAGCACUACAAUCAUUGCUGUACUGAUUGGUAUAAUCAUUGUGGUCAUCAUCCACCCUGGGAAAGGUACUAAAGAAAACAUGCACAGAGAAGGCAAAAUUGUGCAAGUGACAGCAGCAGAUGCCUUUCUUGAUUUAAUCAGAAAUAUGUUCCCUCCAAAUCUGGUGGAAGCUUGCUUUAAACAGUUCAAAACUAACUAUGAAAAGAGAAUGUUUAAAGUAGAUAUUCCAUCCAAUGACACAUCCACAGUGGCUUCGAUAAUAAGCAAUGUGUCAGAAGCAAUGGAAACCCUCACCCGAAUGAAAGAGGAAAUAGUUCCUGUUCCAGGUUCUGUAAAUGGAGUGAAUGCCCUUGGCUUGGUGGUUUUCUCAAUAAGCUUUGGCCUGGUGAUUGGAAGCAUGAAGGAGCAAGGUCAGGCAUUAAAAGACUUCUUUGAUAGCCUUAAUGAGGCUAUCAUGAGAUUGGUAGCUCUAAUCAUGUGGUAUGCUCCACUUGGAAUCCUCUUCUUGAUUGCUGGAAAAAUUGUUGAGAUGGAAGAUAUGGGUGUGAUUGGCGGUCAGCUUGCCAUGUAUACUGUAACAGUUAUCAUCGGUUUGCUAAUUCAUGCUGUCAUUGUCCUACCUCUUCUCUAUUUCCUGAUUACUCGUAAGAACCCUUGGGUAUUUAUUGGAGGCUUAAUCCAGGCAUUAGUCACAGCUUUGGGGACAUCUUCCAGUUCUGCAACACUACCUGUUACAUUUAAGUGUCUAGAAGAAAUAAAUGGAGUGGACAAACGAGUUACAAGAUUUGUACUCCCAGUUGGUGCUACAAUUAAUAUGGAUGGAACUGCUUUAUAUGAGGCUUUGGCUGCAAUUUUCAUUGCACAGGUUAACAACUUUGAUCUGAACUUUGGGCAGAUUAUCACAAUCAGCAUCACAUCUACAGCUGCCAGUAUUGGGGCUGCAGGCAUUCCUCAAGCUGGACUGGUCACCAUGGUCAUUGUGCUUACAUCAGUAGGUUUGCCUACUGAUGAUAUCACUCUUAUCAUUGCAGUGGACUGGUUCUUGGAUCGUCUCCGUACCACCACCAAUGUCUUGGGAGACUCAAUUGGAGCAGGAAUUGUUGAACAUUUAUCACGGCAUGAGCUGAAGAACAGGGAUGCUGAAAUGGGUAAUUCUGUGAUAGAGGAGAAUGAAAUGAAGAAACCAUACCAACUGAUCUCACAAGAAAAUGAGAGUGAGAAACCAUUAGAUAGUGAAACCAAGAUGUAGGGUAAAGAAAGCAUGAGUCCAACACUACAAGUGUGAAAAACACACAUUUUUCCCAGCCAUUCAUAUCCUGGAUUCACCAAGUUCACUUAUUCCUUGAUUUCUCCGUUUAUGCUAGCACUGGAAAUAAUUAAUGAAUACAUAUUUCAAAUUAGCAGUGAUCAUAGUGUAUGUUGGAUUCCCACAAAAAAAAUUAACAGACAACAACACUGGUCCUGAUACACAUGUGCUAACUAAGCACAAAAAAAAAGGGGAUUGUCAAGUAAAUAAAAUCAAAAGUCAGUGUAUAUGUUAUUCAGUACUGUGAACCUAUUCUUUUUUUUUUUUUUUUUAAUGAACUGGAAAGUAAAAACAGAUAACAGAGCCUGAAAAUGGUUUUAUUUUUUUAAAUACAUAUUGCAAAAUUCCUAACAUCUACACACAAUCAAUACUUCUAACUUGAUAACUGCAUCCAGUUAAGUAAAUUAACAGGACUUUUGCUCUUUUAUCUGAUUUUUUUUCCUCUAGUGUUAUAUCAUUGUUCAAAAACUAGCAGAACAAUAAAAAGUACAUUAACUGAAAGGAUAAAAAGGGGGAAGAUAUAUAAAUAAAGAAAAAACCACCCCAAAUCAGCACUUUUAUCAGCCAAGUUGAAAUAUUUCUGAGAAAGUUAUUUUGUCUAGACAUAGUUUUUUGCAUUAGCCUCAGCUCCCACUGACUUGCAGAAAUUUGCGUAUGUAUGUACCUCCAAUCUGGAUUUGCCCCCUUAAUUCCGACAUCAUAACCCAAUUGAACAAUCUAUGUGUGUGUUUGUAGGAGCAAGGCCCUAGGCUGUAUUGACUCUGGGACAGAAAAAGUGUCUUCACCUCUGUUUGGAAAAAAAACACAGCAUGCCCUGGGUAGGCCAACUAUCUCCUUAAUGAGCAAUAGUAAAACGAGAAGGCAGUGUCAGCCUUCUGCAGAAGGUGCAGAAAGGUGGGAUGCUCAGAUCCUAAGGGGACUGGAUUCUAAAUCUGAAUCCCUGGGAUCAGCAGAAGGUUUUUCAGAUUGGGAACCUCACAAAUGCCUGGUCAUCUCAGCAAUAAAUUACAAAGCUAUUAGCUGGAUUUAAGUUUUUCAUCUGGAGAAGAAGGGUCCCUAUCUCAAUGUGAAAUUUUUAAAUCUUUGUGUGUUUAUCAGUAGCAUCUCAAAAGGAAAAGAUAACCCUUUAGAAAGUAAAACUAAUGGGUGCUUUUUUACUUUUUACUAGGAAAAAUAUACAAAUUGCAAAAUAGUAAUACUAUAACAUGGCGAAAUCUUAAACAGAAAGGAUUUUAAAACACAAUAUCUUGGAUUUCUUUCAGGGAAUGUAUAAGGAAAGAAUGGAAAAAGGGACAGUGUACUUGUAAUCUUGUGGCUUUUUCUUUUGUUUUUUUUUUUUUCCAUUUCAAAAUUAUUCCCUGAUUAAGCCCUUUUCUAGAAAUACAAAUCAGGUGGUUUUUCCUUUUUGUCUUGUAUUAUUACAGAGGUUAAACUGGAAAAUUUUACAAUGCAGUUACAGUUGGGUGGGUGAAAAAAUAUUAACCAACAAGCACAAUAGUAUUGAGUGAUCUUUUUUAUUAAAAUGUUCUAUUGUCUUCUUUCUUCCUCAUCCUACCAAAAAAAUCUGAUGCUGGAAAUGAAGGAUUCCCUUGCAAUGUCCCAGCUGUCACUCAAAAACAUUAUGUAUGUUACUUCUGCCACUAAAAGAACAUAAAUAUGGUGUACAAGUAACUGUAGUGAAAAUGUCAGCAUGUUGGUUGAAGGCUAUUCCCAGGCUGAACUGUUUUUUUAGGACUGAAAACUCUUGACCAAUUGAGUAACCCAGACAAUAUGAGCAGGAACUCUGCAGCAAGUGAAGUGAGCAGGGUUUAAUACAGAGUAUUGAGCAGCCAAGCCAACAAAGCUCUAGAUAAUUCCCUGACUAAAAGAAAACAAAUGGGAGGGGGUGCUAACAGAAUGCAAAUCUAGGAUACAGACAGGCAUUUUCUGAUAUGUAAUUAGAGAUAUUUUUAUAUAGAUACUGUAUUCAGAAUGUGUGUAUAAACAAUAACUGUAGAAUUUAUGGCAUAACAAUUUAAUUUUUGGUUAAGAUUUUGUUUGGAAAUACAUUGCAAAGACAAUGUAAGUGGCUGUCUUUCUAUGACAUCAGCUGAGAAAAAUGAAUUGUGUCACAAAGAAUGUGAUCUUUUUUUAUACUAACUUUGUUUCUUAUGGAAAUCAGGUAUUAUAGAAAGAUUCCCUUCCCUCACUGGUUCUGCAUUGUUAUGCACUCAGAGUGGAUUGAGAAACAUUACUUUGUAGAUGUAUUUUCAAUAAAAAUAGUUUUACAUUACU